AUGGCUGAUGACUGGGACGCAAGCGCGAUUGCGGCUGUAGCGGCUUUAAUAAUCGCGCUCUUCGCGCUCCUAGUCGCUGUUGCUCAGGCACUGCAACAGUACUUGAUCACUGGUCAACUCAUCCGUCUUUGUGAUAGCGUCGUGUUUGGUCCUCUGCCUGGCCAGGGCUACCGCGUUUGGCAAUUCUCUCAGUUUCGCUUCCGAGUACUGUACUCAAUUCCUCAGAUCAAUCUCGAGGCUGAUCUAUGGCCAAAGGAAAGCCCGCAUAUCAAGUCAUAUGCCAUUGGGGAGGAGAUGCUACCUGAUCUCCAACCAGAUUCACUAGUUGACUACUCGGCGUCAAGCUCCUCAAUGGAAAUUGUGUCCAAUUGUAGAGUACAUAUCAACACGAUGGACACGGCAGUUAGAGGCUCACAGACAAGGAGUGAAGCUUGGAGUUCCUCAGAUCGCUCCCAUUACACUUGGUGGCAGUCUUUGGGAAUCUGGAUGCGCCGCAAAUUUGAAAGGAUACGCUCAGUCAUACCACAGACGAGCGGCGACUCCUGGAGUUCCUCAACUGGUUCUGACUACACUUAUUGGGAUUUCUUGGGCAUCUGGCUGCGCCGCAAGUUUGGCAGAAUCCGCUCAAUCGUACCGCUGGCAAAAAAGGAACAGCCAGCCCCUGACUCCAAUGACGCAUCCGUGGGCGAGGCGUCCUGGGUGUCCUUCUGCAAAGCCAUCAACAGGUCAUGUGGAGGGUCAGUAAGAUACCGUUCUGUCACUUAUGACGCCGACCGAUGUCCCUCUGAUCUCGUAACGGCACCGAUGCAAGUUUCUAUGAGGGAUAUUGCCGUGAUGGGGUUGACAGCGGGCAUGAAGAUCACAGAUUGCUCAUUCAAGGAAAAGUCUAUUUCGAUGCAAGGCGCCAUUGGCACGAUUACUAGCUCCAAUCAUCCGAUUCUCGGGCCGAUACUUCAUUUCACCCCUAGAGCUACCACCUCACCCUUGCCUCGCUCUCUGGCUCAAUGGAGUGACGAUGAUAGAGGGGUUGUAAAUAAAAGCUGGCUGGCUCGAACAUGGGAUGUCUGUACUGUUGCAAAGGUGCCUUUCAACUCGCUAAAAAGACGUACCACUAGACGUCUUGACGACCGAUGGACGAGUUAUCAAGAGCCCGACCAGUUUUCCAAGAAGCAAAAGCACAAAAGAGCGUUCAAUAUGGCUGGGAUCGUUCCAGUCGAUGUAGAUCGACGCCAAGGCCGAAAGAAAAAGAAGGCGAAAGUCAAGAAAUCAGGGAGGACAGGAGCUACUGUGUCUGUGUCAGUGAAUCGCCGGCCCCAAGACGGGAAUUGGACCAUCAUACAGCCGAAUCCACCCCCUCAAACAGCUGCAAUGGAAGGUAAUGGGAACAAAGAGAAGGCCAAAGAGGUCCAGACAGGAACUGGGGAAGACAAUGAAAGGCACGCGACACCGUUACAUCAACUGGCGUCGGCCACUGAACUCAACGCACUAGAAGAACAAGAUACAGCUCCCGCAAAGGAAUUCCACCAGCAGGUCCCCAGAGACGACUCAACCUCCCAACAGGCCCAGCCAAGUGGUCAAAGUCCGGUGAUAGAAACGACGCCCGAAAAGCAUCCAGGCCAAUCUAAUAACUCGACUCAACACGGUACUAAAGGGAAGGAGCAAAGUGAUGAUAUCCAAGCAACACCCGUUCCCGAACCAUUGGUACAGGGCCAGCCAAACAUGGGAGAAUCAACGCUCAAACUGGAAGAAGGUGAAGGUCAAUCUCAGCGUACCUCGUUAAAGCCUGACGAACAGAACGUAGCCGCUCCCCAGACUAGUGUAGGCGGCUCCCCGGCCAUCUUUGGAAGGCCAGUCACUCGUCUGCUCCUGACACAGACACCGCACUGGGAUGCAUUGCCAGAGGAGAGCCCGCAAGACUCGGCUCGCCAAGAACCGGACAUACGCGAACCACGCAGAAAGGCCACAGUCGAAGACGUACCAGAUAGUGGCGAUGAAGUAGCAUCUGAGUCCGAAAGACCGCUAGCUUCGGAGACACUGGACCGAGGCCUUGCGGCCAAGAAGCGACAAGAGAAGAGGAAUAAGCGCAGCCGAAAGAUACAGAAGGACAAGGCUAUCGUGGAGGAGUCAAGGACGAGCGAUAGCAGACCCCAAUUCCUACUGACGUACCCGGGAGAAGGACUAGGCUCAGAGCCAUCAAACCCAACACCCGAAACAAAAGAAGAUAAAGCUCACGCGAGAGAAGCGGAACGACGGCGCAGGAGGGAAGAGAGAGAGCUUGAGCGCGACAGACGAAACAAAUCGCGAGGAAACGUCGUUUCUCUCAAUCGGAUGGACAUGUAUUGGUUCUGCCAAGUGGACAUCUACCAGGGCUUCUGGGCUACACCGUGGAGGCCCGACGUACCUAUACAGACAUCACUAGUUGGUGCUGUCACUGUAAUUCUGGAAGCGUUGCUAGGCUUUCUGGAAGAGAAUGUCAGCUUGGUUUAUUGCAAUCCGAACCGCUACUGGACAACUCGAGACUGGAUCACAUACGGUGGCAUAUCAUAUCCGGCUUAUGCAAGUAAUGCCCGUGGCGGCGUUAUUGCUCGAGGUUCAUACAAGGGUGUCCGAGUUCCAGCUUUCCAGUACACCGUUCCAGCGCUCGAACUUCUCUAUUCAUACGAAUGGCAGGUGUCGAGCUACCUACACGAUCAAGAGCGCUAUUGUGAAGAGCUCAAUAUCGAACUAAUGCGAAUCGACGCCUGGCUGUCCUAUGUUGGCCGCACUGACAAGAUCGCGAACGGACCCACAGACCUAUUGAAGGGAGCGCCGGCACUUGUGCAGCUGCUUCAGGCCGAUUUUGAGGUGGAUUUCAUGAACAUUGACCUCUCAGCUAAGGAGGGUGGUCAUCAGGAUAUACAGGGUCUUGCUGACAAUGUGAUGGACUUUCUCACGGACGAGGAGCUUGAUGAGGCUGAGCAACUAUAUAUACUUGUUGCUUUGCUCCGUGCCGUCAAGGUAUGCCAGUGCGUUUUGGCCGGCUCUAAUACUCGUGAGAUGGAGGAAAUCCUGAUGAAGGAUGUCCAGGCGCAUCUCGUCUGA